CUGUCCACCAUGUCACUUGUUCGAAAGAAGCCCUCGAAGGAGCUCGUGGACGACGUUGCUCCUCAGGCAGUUCAUGUUCGAAGCAUCCAAGUCGACUACAAGGAUGUCCAGAGGAAACGUCCUGUCACAGUCGAGAUCAAGACCGACAGUGAAAUGUUGCAUCGAUCGUGCCGAUAUGGACGGAACGAAGCCAUCGAUUGGAAUCCAGAUAUACAAGUUGCGCUUGGAAUUCAGCUUGUCAUUGUUAUCCGAGAAUGUCGUCAACUUCAUUCAGACAAGGAAAUUGUAAUUCCGAUCAUAAUCACUGAUGAUCUAAUCAUGAAGCCAAUUCUUGACAUCGAUGAGCCCAAUGGCAAGAAGAUAUCUUUGAGAAUCUAUUUUGAAGCAGCUGGACCGUUUAUCGAUUUAAUACGUCGCCUUGUGGAAACGUCUCAGAGCAAGUUAGGAAGCAUGAAAGAGUUCAUGAAGAAUGUUGGGAAGGCAUGCGAAGUCCUAAACUAUAUUGUCAACACCAUGGAGCUUGCAUCUGGUACGCAUCCCAGUGUUGGUACAGCAGUGUCAGCUGUGCGAGAACUUUAUGAGAAAUGCAAGGAUGUAAAGGAGUGUUAUGAGGCAGCAGCAUCUCUGAUGGCGGACGUAGCGUCCUUCCUCCCCUUUGUCGAAGUUCCUCAAGCUCGGACAAGGUCUAACAUUUCCAAUGAGACUGCUGACAAAAUCCUUGAGCUUUUCGAGAAAAUUUCAAGAAUGUUAAUCGAGUAUUCGGACAAUACAGCGAUAGGAAUCUUUUUACGGAGCCGGAUUGAUGAUGUGGACGCUUACAAAGAGGAGCUCAGACGAUUGAAGGAGACAUUCGAUUGGUGUAUAAAGACCGAAGUGUGGAAAGCAGUCUUAACGACAGAGAAGCACACUGAAGCACUUGUUCUUGACAAGCUACAACCAGUUAUGCAAGCAUUUUAUGAGCGAGAGAAGACCUGUUCUGAAAGGACCAGAAAAGAGACUCUUCAGGCAAUAGAAGAUUGGUCGACAUCCGACUUAAAACUGCUUUGGCUCCAUGGACCUGGAGGUGCUGGAAAAUCAGCCAUCGCGCACACAGUCGCACAACGAUUCCGCGAACAGAAGCGCCUCGCAGGCUGCUUCUUCUGCAACAAAAAUGACGCGAAUGCGAAACUUCGAGACGCAAAGAGCAUCAUGCCAACGAUUGCAAGUCAAUUUGCUUCAUGGCAUGCUGACUAUCGGUCCAUCGUUGUUACUAUGCUUGAGGGCCAAGGAAACUUCGACCUGCAUGCAGGGUUGCAAGACCAAUUUGAUCUCCUUGUGAAGCAGCCCAUUGCUCUGUCGUCCGCUCAUAUGCCUCCGAAGCAUAGGCCGCUGAUCAUCAUUCUGGACGCACUUGAUGAGUGCUGCGAAUCUCAAAGCUCUCGACGUUACUUAGCUAAAUUCGUCAAAGACAUCGCCAAUGUCGCACCAUGGCUUAAGGUUUUCGUUAGUAGCAGGAAGCUUCCAGAGCUCGAAGACUGUUUCGGGGACAGUGAUUUUAAACAUAUCGACAUAAGCAAUCCACUGGUCGAUUUGGGGUACGAUGUAGCGGCGUACGUGAAGUUUUGUUUGGGUAACAAGAAAUGCUCCAACGACCAUAUCGACUUGCACGAGUUCAAAGCACACCAGCUCCUUGCUAGGAUUAGGGCAGCAUUUAUGACCUUAGAUCCAGGCGUGGACGUUGAUUUUCUUGAUUCAAUGUCUGGCCAGGCCAUUGUUGACAAUCUUCUCCGCAUUACUAUGGAGAGUAUUGUGGGGAGACGAGAGAGUCUAGUUUCUGAUGAGGAGACAAUGCCUGCAGCUCGAGCUGUGCUUUCACUUAUAAUCCGCACAGGUCCAGAAUGGUCAUUAACAGGAGACAUGAUCCUAUUUUGCCUGCAAGACGAUUUACCCAAAUUCACAGCCCAGACUCUCAAUACUGUUUUAGCUGCUGUCCGACCCUUACUGUACACAGGCAAUAAUGGCACAAUUCAAACUUCCUUUCCGAAAGACAUGGUCCGGGAUUAUGUGGAUAAUCAAGGCUCUUCCGGUCGCUUCUGGGUUGACCCGAGCGUGGCCCACAUGAACUUGGCCCAUGGAUGCUUCCACGUCUUACAUAUGCAGCUUAAGUUCAAUAUAUGCAGCCUGGAGUCGUUACAUCUAAAAAACGAAGAUGUUCCAUACUUGAGCUCGGUAGUCGAGGCGAAGAUUCCCGAGAGCCUCCGAUACAGCAGUUUGUACUGGAUGUACCAUGUUUUGCAAGCGGAAAACGACCGAGAAUUGCGAAGUCCUGUAGUAGAGCUGCUUUGCUCACCCAGGGCAUUAUUUUGGAUUGAAGUCCUAGUCUUAUUAGGCUCUCUCGAAAAGGCAAAGGGAAUUCUAUUACAGUGUAUUGAUCGUUUUAAGGAAGUAGACGAGAUCGCUCAUGCUGCGACCGAACUGCAUGGCUUCAUUUCUGCCUUUCACGACGCGAUUGCUGUCAGCACGUCUCACCUGUACGUCUCUGCGUUGAUGUGGUUCCAACCGGACUCCCUGGUAGUGCAAUGCGCGAGUGACGCUUUCAUGGGACGAAAGUCACCUCUGUCUGACGACCCUCCCCAGCACAUACCUCUGGCGAAUACCUCCAAGAGCACCUUGUUGAAGAAAGUCAACAUCUCACGUCUCAAAGGAGACACAAGGAAUAUACGGGAGGCUAAAUACACGCCAGACAGAAGAAAAAUCGUCUCCUACUUGGAUAACGGCAUGCUGCAGAUAUGGGACACCAAAAGCGGAGAAGCCAUCGGCGAGCCUUUUGAAUAUCACGUGCCUGCAAUACAUGCCAUCGCCUACUCGCCCGAUGGCAGCAGAAUAGUGUUGGGCUAUGACGAUGGAAAACUGCGAAUUUGGGAUGCACAUACUGGUUCACUCGUUAUUGAGUCUCAGCAGCGUCACAGAUACGGGAUCAGCUCCAUUGCAUAUUCACCCGAUGGGACCAGAAUCGUGUCUGGCUCUGAUGACGAGACACUGAGAAUGUGGGACGCACAGAGUGGCGCGUGCGUUGGUGAGCCUCUCACUUGUCACACUGACUGGGUGAAUGCUGUCGCAUACGCCCCAGACGGGCGUAGAAUCGUGUCUGGCUCUUACGAUGGAACGUUGCGGAUCUGGGACGCACAGAACGGCGCACUAGUCGGCGGGUCUAUCAGUGGACACAAGGACUCGAUUUUUGCUGUUGCGUACGCUCCGGACGGCAGCAGGUUUGUGUCAGGCUCCAAGGACAAUACUCUGCGAAUAUGGGAUGUGCAGAGCGGUGAGCCUAUCGGCGAGCCCCUCAAGGGUCACAUCGACUGGGUCAGGAGCGUUGCUUACUCCCCGGACGGGACAAGGAUUGUGUCUGGCUCCGAUGACGGUACACUGCGGGUCUGGGACGCACGAAGCGGCACGCCGGUUGGUGAGCCUCUCAGCGGCCAUAGUGGCUGGGUCUGGGGCGUUGCAUACGCUCCAGACGGGAGCAGAAUCGUCUCCGGGUCCCACAACAAGACGCUGCGAGUGUGGGACGCACAUUCCGGAGAACCCAUUGGCGAGCCUCUCAGCGGUCACGAGAGCUGGGUCGUGUCUGUCGCGUACUCUCCUGACGGGAACAGGAUUGCUUCUGGAUCUUGGGACGGAACGAUACGAAUUUGGGAUGCUCACACUGGCGCUUGUAUCAAGACGAUGUUCCCUUAUGAAAGUCGAUGGGAUCCCGAUGCACAGUGCUUCUUAACAGUCGCCAGCAACCUCCGUACUUUUUUCAUCGCACAUACCACCAAUCCAUCCACUAUCCCAGACGACGGCUGGGUUCGAACACUGGAUGGCAGCCUAUUUCUGUGGGUCCCUCUCGAACAUCAACGCAGCAUAUGCCAUACAGGCCAAGUCCGCAUUCCGAACAACAAGGAUGGAAAGGUCAUGUACAUGGACUGGACGAAGAUUCCUCAUGGGAAGGACUGGGCGAAGAUCAUGAGUGUUAAAGGAUCGGAUAAAGAUUAGUUGAUGUUGUUUCUGUCAUUCAGAUGGUAUUUUUUUGGUCUUAUUGCUUGUGCUUUCUCUGUGUUCAUGAAUCCGAAUUGGUUUCAUCAUUUAUGUAAACUUGUUUUACUCAGAAAAGAUCAUUUCAACGAGGUAAUCCAACUUUGAACGAU